AUGGCUAGCCGGUUGGCCACGACGAGUCCAGCGCCUGGAUCUUCUUUUAUUGUUGUAGCACACCCAUUUUUCGUCACUAGUGACGAUUUGAUCCCAAAAAUGUGGGUUUUUGGCCCGUACCAGCAGUUUCUGUGCAGCUUCUUUACGCUUCUUUUUCUGUUCAUUCGACAGGUUAUGAGGCACCCACUUCUCAAGCUUCUUCACGUAUCCCAUGGACUUCAAAUAGGCAGAAACAGACCAAAUUGAACAUUUUAAGUAUUUUGCCAAUUCUCUGGCUGUAAUUCGUGGAUCAAUUUCAAUCUUCUGCUCCAGGGUGUGUUCGGAUAUUAACCAUCCAGGGUGUGUUCGGAUAUUAAACCAGCCCCAGCCUCAACCUCAGCCCCGGCCCCAGCCCCAGCCCCAGCCUCAACCCCAGCCCCAGCCCCAGCCCCAGCCCCAGCCCCAGCCCGAGCCCCAGCUUCAACCCCAGCCCCAACCCCAGCCCCAGCCCCAGCCCCAGCCCCAGCUUCAGCCCCAACCCCAGCCCCAACCCCAGCCCCAGCCCCAGUCGCAGCCCCAACCCCAGCCUCAGCCCCAGCCCCAGCCCCAACCUAA